AUGACGCUUCGAUCCAUCAUUGCUGCGAUUGGGUUACAUGCACUCGCGGCCGUGGCCCUUCCUGCUCAACCUACAGCUGAAAUCAUCACUCAGCAUACCCUAACAACAAAUGGAGAAGGACUGUUUCCAUACUACCGAAUUGUCGGGUUAGCGAACCUGGGUAAUGGUACUAUCCUAGCAGCCUUCGAUGGACGCCCAAACAACGGAGAUAGCCCAGCUCCGAAUUCAAUUCUCCAACGUCGCAGUGAAGAUGGUGGCGAGACCUGGGGCGAGGUGACUUAUAUUGCCCGAGGUCAGAUAGGAAAUUCGACAGUGCAGCAGUAUGGAUUUAGCGAUCCAAGCUAUGUUUUCGACGAAAAUACUGGAAAUGUGUUUAAUUUCCAUGUUUUUUCGAAGAAUCAGGGCUUCGCGGGCAGUGCACUCGGAACCGACGACACCAAUUUGAGCGUGAUGAGUGCUGAAGUCUCAAUUUCAACUGAUAGAGGAGUUACGUGGUCUACUGACCCUGCCAAUCAACCGCUUCUUCCCCCUAUUGCAUCCGAAGAGGUUGGUGCUCCGCCACUUCUCACUACAGCAGUUAAACCGGUAGGGAGUACGGUCAACGGGGUAGCUAACGUGGGUGGUGUACGAGGAACCUUUGCGACAUCUGGUGAAGGUAUUCAACUCAAAUAUGGUACAUAUGCCGGCCGGUUAGUCCAGCAAUACAUCGGAAACGUUAUCCAAGCAGAUGGUUCAACAUCACUACAAGCCUACAGCGUCUUCAGCGAUAAUGGUGGCCAGACAUGGAAGAUGGGUCAACCUCAAGGCACGGAGAUGAGUGAGAAUAAGGUGGUCGAGCUUUCCAAUGGCAACCUGAUGCUUAACUCACGUCCGAACUCAAGAGGAUACCGAAAGGUCGCUAUUUCAACCGACGGGGGCGAAACCUAUUCGGUUCCAACCAUCGAGACUCAGCUUCCUGAUCCAUCAAACAAUGGAGCAAUUACAAGAAUGUACCCUCAAGCACCAGAGGGCUCGGCAUCCGCUAAAAUCCUCCUAUUUACCAAUUCAAACCACCCGCAAUCUCGAGUGAACGGCACAGUACGGUAUUCUUGUGAUGACGGCACGACAUGGUCUUCAGGCCGCGUAUUCGAAGCCGGUGAAACGCAAUAUUCCACAAUCACCGCGCUCGACGAUGACAUGUUUGGAAUAUUUUACGAGGGUCCUAGCAAUGAUCUCAUAUUCCUAAAGGUUUCCAAGGACUACAUUGGCGUUUCUUGUUAA